CCUCCGUCAAGGGUAACUGGCCGUCGGUUCUCCUGUCUUCAAAUGGCUGCGUCAACACUAUUAAUUAAGACUAAAAAUAGCUACAAAAUCUACUUCUUUAUAUGUAACGUUGACGUGUGGUGACAGUUUUCAAGCGGUUCUUCGCCUAAUGGAAGCUGUGUUGUCAUUUUUACCAGCUUUUUAUGGGUAAGUGAAAGCAGCACGGUAACCAGGCAGUCUGUAUUCUCUUCUCGGCGUCUCCGCGACCACAGCUCUCUUUUCUGGAAGACGACGUCAGAGAACACCUGUCCGUCAGACGUUUUUCGUGUAGCUGUCUUUCAACAUGAAUUUGGCUGAAAUCUGUGACAACGCCAAAAAGGGCCGUGAAUAUGCCUUACUAGGAAACUAUGACUCCUCCAUCGUGUACUACCAGGGUGUGAUUCAGCAGAUCCAAAAGCACUGUCAGACCCUCAGAGAUCCAGCACUUAAAGUGAGAUGGCUGCAGCUCAGACAGGAACUGACUGAGGAGUACGAGCAGCUGAAAGGCAUCAUGGGAACACUUGAGAGCUUCAAGUCAGUGAGGCCUGCUGAGGUCCUCCCCUCUAAGGUGGAGGAGCGACCCGAGGAUCCAGCUGUGUGGCCUCCACCCAUCCCAGCAGAACACAGGAAUCCUGUUGCAGCGAAGCGGCCCAACAGCGCCGUGAAGCAGCAGCAGAAGAAGGACUCUUCUGGUCUGCAGCAUCGAGGAGCAGGGCCAGGAGGCCGUGCCCAGGUCAACCCCAAGGCAGCAGGGGCCAGAGACACUCGGGGUACAAGGGCCAAAGACGAUAAGGGGAAGAAACCAGAUCUACAGGGAGAUGCAGAACAGAAGAAGUUUGAUGGUACAGGAUAUGACAGCGACUUGGUGGACUCACUGGAGAGAGACAUUGUGUCUCGUAACCCCAACGUUCACUGGGACGACAUCGCUGAUCUGGAAGAUGCUAAGAAGCUGCUGAGGGAAGCCGUGGUGCUUCCCAUGUGGAUGCCUGACUUCUUUAAGGGAAUCCGGCGGCCGUGGAAGGGAGUGUUGAUGGUCGGCCCACCCGGGACUGGGAAGACCAUGCUAGCUAAAGCUGUGGCCACAGAAUGUGGGACUACUUUCUUCAACGUGUCCUCUUCUACCCUCUCCUCCAAGUACCGGGGCGAGUCUGAAAAACUGGUUCGCCUGCUGUUUGACAUGGCCAGGUUUUAUGCUCCAACCACCAUCUUUAUAGAUGAGAUCGACUCCAUCUGUGGGAGAAGAGGGACAUCAGAUGAACACGAAGCCAGCCGUCGGGUCAAAUCAGAACUUCUCAUUCAGAUGGACGGGGUGGGAGGAGCUUUAGAGAACGACGACCCGUCUAAGAUGGUGAUGGUCCUCGCUGCCACAAACUUCCCCUGGGACAUCGACGAGGCGCUGCGCCGGCGACUGGAGAAGCGGAUCUACAUCCCCCUCCCCACAGCCUUGGGUCGUGUCGAGCUCCUGAAGAUCAACCUGAGGGAGGUGGAGCUGGCUCCUGACGUAGAUCUGGACCUCAUUGGUGGGAAGAUCGAGGGCUACUCAGGAGCAGACAUCACCAACGUCUGCAGGGACGCGUCCAUGAUGGCGAUGCGUCGCCGGAUCCAAGGCCUGAGCCCAGAGGAGAUCCGAGCCCUGUCCAAGGACGAACUGCAGAUGCCCGUCACCAUGGAGGACUUCACCUUGACUGUGAAGAAAAUCUCCAAAUCCGUCUCUGCCGCAGAUCUGGAGAAAUACGAAGCCUGGAUGGCCGAGUUUGGGUCGGUAUAGAGAGCAGAGCUCAGUUGGACCAGAGGCUUGAAAAGAAAAGUGACAACUUCGAGGAGGACGAGGCAGGAAAGCAUAAAAAUGAAGUAUUUGUAAAAUAAGAACCUCUCAGACUGCUGUGGUUCUAUUUCAGAACCUUUUUUGCUGUUUUAAAAAUGAGAAAUUAUAAUGUUUACAUCUUUUGAGCUUUAGGUCCAGCUGCCAGACCGGAACUAAACAAAUGAAAAAAGUUGUGCAGUUUUAUUCUUAAAGCUGCCGACUGUCAUCAGAGCAAAGGUGAAAACAUAUUUACUUUAAGUAAAUGGAGGCAUCUGUUGGGAUCGGUUUUAGUACCUAACUGUUGAAAUUUUCCUUCAUACAACAGCUUUUGCAGUUUAUUAAAAAAGUAUAAAUAGAACUGAGUUGUACUUUAAUUCAGCUGCCUGUUGUUUUCAAGUAAUGGUACUAAAAUGAGUAAAUAUUUGGUUCUUUUAUCUGUAUUCUUAACAAGCCUGGUCUUUUAUAAGAACAUGGUUGUAAAUUCGAGCACUUUAAACAUGUUUUCUCAAGGGGUCCCAAAAUCAGCGUCUUAACUGAAAAUACUUGAAUUUUAGCUCUUAUUAGUUUGUUUUAUUUUGAAUCUGUUUGGAUAAACUGAUGUAGCCAGACUGAAGAAUGUGGCUGUUAACCUGUGGAUUUAUUUAAUUUCUUUUAACAUUAAAAUUUUUACGUUCUAACCUA